AUGUCAAAUAAACAGCAGUCAAAUAAUGAAAAUUCACAUAGCGAUAGCGAUAAAACAAUCAUUACCGUUACGACUCGACUAAACCCUUUUACAACUGCCAACUCAUCUACCGCUACAACAGUCGAACAAAUUCACGCACAACCAAAUAUUCCGCAAUCGUCCACAACAGCCAAAAAAUAUUCAACUUUGCCAUCGUUACACCGAAGACUUGAAGAAGUCACACCGACAAUUUUCUAUAAUAAACAAUCCUACGCUACUGACAGCACUCGCAACAACAUCAACACUUCUAUUAAAAAAGAAUAUGCUCGACGAAGAUCUGCGCAGUCUAUUUUUAAUGAAAAUAUUCAUCAUCCGCUUUUUGAAAGAGGUGAACUGGUAACAUCUAUGAAUUUGAAAUUGAGGAAUAAAGAGGAAAAAUACAAUGAAAUGGAAAACAAGGGAAAAGAGAUUGAAAACAUGGAUGAGAAAUCAUCAAAGAUCGAAACAGGAUCGGAAGAAAGACAGGAAGACGAUGUUGCUGCUAUGGUCAAAAUAACUAGAGAUGAUGUUUCUGAUGAUAAAUGGCAAUAA